AUAUUGGCGCUGCGGUCACUUCCUUUCUUCUCCCCCAAUCCAGCUCCAACUCCCCAAAACACCUAAACCGAAACGCAAAAACAAAUUCGCGAGAAGAAAGAAGCACAAAAAACUCGAGCUCUUCCCCUCAUCGUCUCCGGCUCACUCACGAUCCGAGAUCAGGAUGACCGGAUCGAUGGAUCUCCCGGCCAAGGGCGGGUUCAGCUUCGACCUGUGCCGCAGGAACGCCAUGCUGGAGAAGAAAGGCCUCAAGGUCCCCGGGUUCAGGAAGACCGGGACUACCAUCGUAGGCCUCGUGUUUCAGGAUGGUGUUGUCCUCGGGGCAGACACAAGGGCAACCGAGGGUCCUAUAGUUGCUGACAAGAACUGCGAGAAAAUUCACUAUAUGGCGCCAAACAUAUAUUGCUGUGGUGCUGGAACUGCUGCUGACACAGAGGCUGUGACAGAUAUGGUCAGUUCUCAGCUACACCUUCACCGUUAUGCCACUAGUCGUGAGUCAAGAGUUGUGACCGCUCUUACACUACUGAAGACCCACCUUUUUAACUACCAAGGUCAUGUCAGUGCUGCCCUUGUUCUUGGUGGAGUAGAUGUUACUGGACCACAUCUACACACUGUUUAUCCACAUGGAUCCACAGAUACUCUUCCUUUUGCCACGAUGGGUUCUGGAUCCCUUGCCGCAAUGUCCGUGUUUGAAUCAAAGUACAAAGAAGGCCUCACAAGGGAGGAGGGAAUACAACUUGUAGCUGAAGCAAUCUGUGCUGGUAUCUUCAAUGACUUGGGUAGUGGCAGCAAUGUGGAUGUCUGCGUAAUAACUAAGGGGAAGACAGAGUACUUGAGAAACCACCAGUUGCCAAAUCCAAGGACUUACGCCAGUUCGAAGGGAUACAGUUUCACUAAAGGACAUACUGAGGUAUUGUCCACUAAGAUCAUACCGCUGAAGCAGAAGGCUGAGGUUGCUGAGGGCGAUGCAAUGGAAGAGUGAUCCUAUGUGCUUACAUUUGGACAAGUCGUCGUAUUCAGGAUUUGUGCUUUCCUUUUUCUUGGCAGAGAUGCUAGAACAGAAAAAAUGGAUGUAUUUUGUUGUACUAUCUGAACCUAAUGCAGACUUAUAUGUUGAAGAUCUCUGUUAUGCUGGCACAUUCACGGGCGCCUAUUGAUUCAUUUUGCGAUCUCU